CAUAAAUUGUGGCAGUACGUAGUUUUUAUGGUGGAACCCAAUAAUAGUUAAUAACAGACAACAGUUGGUAUGUACUUGACACUCUGCUGUUAUUUGCAGUUAAUUUUAUCUUUGCGAUUUGAGAUUUUUAAAUGUUUUGACAAAUCUGCAGGAUGUUGGUUUGACUAGAUAUUUCUACUUUCUACUACGCGUUCGCACCCCAGAACGGACCAACCGAAGUGUUUUUUUAGAAGAGUGUUAUUCCGGCUACGUGGCGAUUAUGGAAAGUGGCUCGAAUAAACGCAGGCGCGAAGCUGAAGGCUUUUUGCCAGACGAGGUAUCCCUUUCCUCGGAAAUUCAAAAAGGAUGUUUGGACGCGAUGAAGGGUACAUCCGGUACAAUGUGUGGUGAGUCUGGCCAGGAAGCGACUUGUAAUGGAGAACGCACGAAAAACCUUCCUCCAACGAAAAUGGACACAAGCGAGGAUAAAGAGCCUGCCAUUAUAACCGAAAGUGUAGACGAUGCAUCUUGCGAAAGAGCCCUUGCAGAUGGAACCGAAUGCUCACAGUCUUUUCAGUUUAGCAACCAACCGACGCUGGAGAACAUUCGGUUUCAACACGACGCGUUUGUGGCGGAACGCGGAUGGAAUCAGUUCCAUACGCCACGCAAUCUCUUGCUGGCCUUGGUGGGUGAAGUGGGCGAGGUAGCUGAACUGUUCCAGUGGAAAGGUGAAUGUCAGGCUGGUCUUCCGGAUUGGGAUGCUAAGGAAAAAGAGCGUUUGGGUGAAGAAUUGGCAGACGUGAUGAUUUAUCUCGUGCGACUGGCUGAUAAGUGUAAUAUAGAUCUGCCAAAGGUUACGGAACGGAAAAUGGAGCUGAAUGCCAAAAAAUAUCCGGCUGAUUUGGUUUAUGGAUCUAGCAAGAAAUAUACGGAGUAUCAGUCAAAAAACCAAUAUUGACCCAAUGGUUUUUUUCUUGUCAAAAUCAUUACUGGACGACUGUUCAUUAAAAUGCCAGGCUUCUCUGGGUUACUUUUUAGUCGAUAUGUACAUACGUUCACUACUUCUGAACACAAAAUUGUCACAAAUGAGACACCUUAGUAAUAAGUUAGUAUAAACUGCGUUUCUUUGUUGUGUUUACCAAUUUUAUCGAUUUCUGGGAUUUAUUGCCUUGAUAAAUUGUUAUUCCGGCGA